UCUGGGACCAGGAGGAUGUGCAACGCCUGAAGGAGGCCAAGAGAGCGGAGUGGAAGAGCAGCCACAGCGGACAUACUCCCACUGACGACCAGCUCAUGGCCACCAUCAGCCCAGCUGAAAUGAAGAGGCACUGCAGGAGGAGGACGCGUGGAGUGGAGGAGAUGCGGAGCAGUAUUUCAGGGCUCCUGGAAUCUGUGAGGGAGCUCACAGACACCACAGGGCUGCGUCUGGUGAGCCAUGACAGCAUGCGCCACGUGUGGGAAGUACAGCAGAAGCACCUGGAGUGCCUCCAAGACCCUGCAGGUGUUGCACUUUACACGAAGGUGGGGACACUCCAGAAGGGCGGCAAGGAGCUGGACAUCCUUAGGUGUGGUAGGGGGUCCUCCUCCCUGGAGAGUUUCCACCGGCACCAGUGUGCUUUCAUUCCAGGCUGGCGGUGCAAUGCGGUGCACAUGCAAAUGUACAUGCUGGAGGGUAUAUCAAGGUGGAACAUGGGCCGGGCCAAAGAGACAGUAGAUGUGGAGGGGGCCUCCACCCUAAGAAGCUUCGAUGUUCGGUUGAUGUCCCACCUUAACAAUCUAAGCCAGCGUGUGCAUGGUUGUGCUCUGGUGCCAGAGUUCACCCUUCCUGGGAAACCUACUGGCGAACGCAUAGCCGUGGAAUAUUUAUUGGAGCAGACCAAUAGAGGCGACCUGCUGGCUCCAUCACAGGCCUCCAUCUCAGAAAUCCCCUUGCCGGUGCUGGAGGAGGAGGAGGAGGAGGAGGAGGAUGAUGCCAUCAGCAUGCCUGCCAUCAGCAUGCCUGCCAUCAGCAUGCCUGCCUCUGUCACAGAGACCAGCCAAUGUGAUUCGAGGGGCGUUCCGGGGUGGGACGCAGUAGAUGCCCUUGCUGCCUACCUACUCGCAUUAAACGGCACCAUCACGGCCUUGUCAGCCAAGGAGGAGGCGGACAUAGUUCGCCUGUACGCGGCUUUACAUGCGAUGGAUCGGAAACCUUCAAGGUACACCCAGAAGGCAAAGAAGAAAUCACAUGCGUCAGGAGGAAUGUGGAGAGCACCGAGGAAGCCGAGUGGCAUCAUUUUAUGAAAUGUAUUUAUUAUGUGUAGAUUAUUUUAUUGAAAUCCCUGUUGACAUUGUCACUUGGUUCUUCAUGACUUUAUAUCCUUGUUCACAGUACAUAUCAUAUCAUCCUUCUCUCCCACAGGCUGUACAUGACUCAUGGCCAAGCAGCCCAGGACCCCGAAGUUCACAGGGUCUGUGAGUGUGUCUGCCUCAGACUCUUAAAAGAGUUUGAGCAGUCACGCAACAGGCCAAAGGACACAAAGGGGAAAACAAUGCCCAUCCCUCAGUCCAUCGUAAGCGUGUACAGCCACAUCAAACAGCUGCUGGAGGACAGCAGGGUUGUCUGUGAUGACACAGACCUGGUUCUGGUGCCAGUAAACAACACCACAGUCUCUUCAUUGUAUGUGUUAUUUCAUUUACCUUUCCCAUACAGUCAAGACAGUUUAUAAAGAUUUAACCUCAAGAAAAACCUCCACCUGCAUGCUGGUUAGAAAAUAUGUAAUAACCUUAGGGAGGGAGGAUAGGCUUACAUAAAAUAAUGAAUGUUUGUGUUGUAGGCUGCUUAGGAGGGAUAAAAGGAAGGACAGGGACAUGCUGCUGCAAGGCACUGUACUGCCCAAACAGGUGCACCUGGCAGAGGAGCCUCUCCCUGCUCUGAACACCCUUCCGGCGGCCCCUGUGCAACAUGCACAUGGGGCAAUGACAUUUGAGGAGCCUGAAAAUCACGAGGGGGAAGCUUUCCCCCGCCAGCGCACUCUAGCGGCGAACAAGCCUCCGCCAUCUCCACCUCCCCAGUUCUCUCCACAAUUUGGGCCAGCUCCUCCAUUUCCUCAUCUUCCCCCAUAUCCGCACUUUCCAUUUCCAUAUCCUCAUGCACCUCGACUUCCUCAUGCUCCUCCAUUUUACAUUUCUACUCCAUAUCCUCAUGCUCCUCCAUAUGCUCCUCCAUAUCCUCAUGCUCCUCCAUAUGCUCCUCCAUAUCCUCAUGCUCCUCCAUUUCAUGCUCCUCCACUUCCUCAAGCUCCUCCGUUUCCUAAUUCCCUAUCUCCUGAUGCUCCUCCAUCCCAGCCGAGGCAACGCGACUGGAGGCUCAAUAAAGCUGCCCAGGAGGAUGAGGAGCUUACGUCAAGGGGGGAUCCGGCACGGAAGAGGCUGAGAAAAGAAAACUACCACUAUACUUGCAAGGGGUGCGGCCAGGCCAAAAAUAAAGUCACUGGACACACCCAGCUGAAGGGGCGGUGGUAUUGUCCUGCCUCAGGAAUGACCCUGGAAGAGUGGAGGAAUAGUGUGUAGUU